GGGCACUGCGCAUGCUUAAGGCAACAAUAUAAAUGUCCACGGCAAGGCGCAUGCGGGUAGGAAUGUUGUUAGUCUAUUUGUUGACAGUUCCAUCCCCUUAACUUUCCAUUCUUGCACAUUAGAGGCGGUAGUAGUUGCUGGCUCCGGCUUAGCUUAGCUUAGCUUUGCACAAAUUCGCGCUGAAAUUUCUCACCAUAAGCAAAACUGCAAGAAAGCCUGCGCGGACCAAGUAACCAUCAUGGGCAGCUAAGAAAAAGAAGCUUGUUACGUGGUGUUUGGUGGAUACAAGGUUUGUAAAACCCAGAGAAUCCCUCGUCUUUUCCUACUCGGGCAGUUCAGCAAGGCUCCAGCACCAUGGCUGAAGAAGACUAUGGCAGCUUUGUGGACUGGAACCAAAUGGGGGAUCUGGCCAAAAGCAGCGGGCCCACAAAGGUAGAUUGUAAAGACCUGAAAGAGUUCAAACAGAUGGCUCGGCAGGGUUACUGGGUUAAAAACCACAAACUACGGGCACAAGUCUACAAGCAGCUCAUCAAGGCCAUUCCCUGCCGUACAGUUACCCCAGAUGCAGAAGUAUAUCGUGACCUUGUGGGAAAUUCAGCCACUAAGAAGCCCUCCUCCAACAUCCAACUGCCAGACUUUGUGGAUGGAAAUCCUGUGCCACAGUACUGCCUGAAGGCAGAAGCGGUGGCCUCAGCUCAUCGGAUUAUCAGCUGCCUGGCUGGACAGUUUCCAGAUAUCUCCCACUGCCCAUCACUUCCGGCUGUUACCUCUUUGCUCCUGCACUUCAGCACAGAUGAAGCUCAGUGUUUUGAGCACGUCAGCCGCAUACUAGCCUGCAACGAUCCAGACAAGCGCCUGCUAGACCAGACCUUCUUGGCAUAUGAGUCUAGUUGCAUGACUUUUGGUGAUCUGGCCAACAAAUACUGCCCGGCCGCCCACAAAUUGAUCAUAACCACAGCUCAGGAUGUGCUGGAAGUUUAUGCUGACUGGCAGCGCUGGGUGCUUGGUGACCUACCUUUCAGCCACGUCGUCAGAGUCCUGGACGUUUAUUUGGUGGAGGGCUACAAGAUUCUCUUUCGUGUGGCUAUAGCCUUGCUCAAGUUCUACCGCAGGCAUAAAGCAGGAGCCCAGGGGGGCCAGGAUCAGCAGGAUUCAGGCAAAGUCAAGGCAGACAUCCAGGCUUUUGUCAAGGGCAUCGCCUCCACCAUUACACCUGACAAGCUGCUAGAGAAGGCCUUCUCCAUCCGCCUGUUUAGCCGAAAAGAGAUUGCUCUGCUGCAGCUUGCAAAUGAAAAGUCCCUGCAGCAGAAGGGAAUCACUGUCAAACAUAAGUGUUUUAGUCGGAACGUGCAUCUAGCACUUGACCCUGACACCUUCUCCUCAGAGCUAGUCAGUGCCAAGGAAAUGCGGAACAUCUGGUCGUGGAUCCCUGAGCGCUUUGCCCUGUGCCAACCACAACUUCUCUUCACCACCUCCACGCACGGUUGCAGCCUGACCAGAUUCUACUCGCAUUGUGAAGGCCAUGAACCCACGCUGCUCCUCAUCCAGACCACCGAUGGCGAUGUAUGUGGAGCUUUCCUGUCCACAGACUGGGAGGAACGGAAGAGGGGAGGCAAUACAUUGAGUUUCUUUGGUACAGGGGAGUGCUUUGUCUUCAGGAUGAAACCAGAGAUGGAGCGCUAUGAGUGGGUGGUAAUCCGCCACCCUGAGCUAGCAUCUUCCAUCAAGACCCAGAGUCAGGAGGACCCAGCCUCUUCUGAGGAUCAAAAGUCAGAGAACAGCCUACAGCUGUCAGGGAAACCUGCUGGAGACCUGUCACCCUUCCUCUCUGCCCGCCACUUCAAUCUUAACUCCAAGAAUACUUCAAUGUUCAUGGCUGGAAACUUUGACUCCAUUAUAGUGGGGGGAGGUGAUGGUAACGCUCUCUACAUCGACUCAGACCUGAACCAUGGCCACACCAGCAGCUGCACCACCUUUGACAAUCCACCCUUGUGUGCAGAGAGUUUCCAGGUUGCACUGCUGGAAGUGUGGGGCUUCCAAGAUGCCAUGGCCUCAUAAUAUU